CUCAGUCUGUGCCUCUGUAUGUGUGUGUGUGAGUGUGUGUGUGUGUGACAGGGAGAGAGAGAGAGAGCGCGCGAGAGGAGAGCGAGAGAGCGAGCUGCGAGCUGUGCUGCCGCCGCCGCUGCCCUUUGAUCCCGACAUUAGUGUUAGGGGCUCGGAGACACAGCGCGCGGCCAUAGACACCGCCGCACCGGCGCUCAUUUAUUUAUACCUCCCAUCACACGCGAGCACAGGACACACACACACUCACACCUAUUAGAUCCGUUUCCAUUGAAGAAUAUUACGCUCGGGGACAAGCCAGGUGCACGACCAAAAAAUUAAAAAAAAAAAAAGAAAAAGAAAAAAAGAAAGAAAGAAAGGAAAGAAAAGAAGAAAACCCCUCUUCUGGCUCCAGGAAACAAGCUUCAACCCAUUGCACACACCGGAGAGAAGGGGUUUCCCCCUGCCCGCCCCCCAACUACCUCCCCGCUCCUGCCAGUGUCUGCCUGUCUGCCCCCACGGGGGUUUAUUUGAUCUCACAUUAACCGAGGAGGAGAAUGUGAGAAAAGGGGGAAAAUGCCCAGGAGGAAGCAGGAGCAGCCCAAGCGCCUUCCCUCACAUGUUAGUAGGCAGGACGAGGCGGAGGGCGAGUUCAGCGAAGGAGAACACUGGUAUGGGAACUCCUCUGAGACUCCAUCAGAAGCAUCCUAUGGGGAAGUCCAGGAGAACUAUGCGCUAUCCCUGGAGGACCGGAUCCAAGAGCAGUCCACAUCCCCCGACACCUCCCUGGGCAGUGCCACCCCCAGCAGCCACACGCUGGAACUGGUAGCUCUUGACGGUGAGGUCCUUCGAGACUCACUGCAGUGUCAAGACCACCUUUCGCCUGGAGUGUCUUCUGUGUGUGACGAUGACCCACCUAGCUCGAAUAAACCUCUGAGCAGCAACUUGAGGCGGCUGCUGGAGGCCGGCUCCCUUAAACUUGAUGCCACAGCCAAUGGCAGGGUAGAGUCCCCCGUGAAUGUUGGCUCCAGUCUGUCAUUUUCCCCGCCUUCCCACCAUGCCCAGCAACUCAGUGUCCUGGCCAGGAAGCUGGCCGAGAAGCAGGAUCAGAGUGACCAAUAUACCCCCAGUAACCGUUUCAUAUGGAACCAAGGUAAGUGGUUGCCGAACUCAACCACCACCUGCGGCCUGUCCCCAGAUUCGGCCAUCCUCAAACUGAAAGCGGCAGCCAAUGCUGUUCUGCAGGACAAGUCCCUGUCCCGGACAGAGGAGAGCCUGAGGUUUGAGUCCUUUUCCUCCCCCUUCAGCUCCCAGUCUGCUAGCUCCACCUUGGCAGCUUUGUCUAAGAAAGUGAGCGAGAGAAGUCUGACCCCUGGUCAGGAGCACCCACCUCCAGCCAGCUCUUUCCUGUCACUGGCCUCCAUGACGUCCUCUGCGGCCCUUCUGAAAGAGGUGGCCGCCAGGGCCGCGGGGAGCCUCCUGGCUGAGAAGUCGUCCUUGUUGCCCGAUGACCCUCUACCACUGCCGCCUUCUGAGAAGAAGCCAGAAAAAGUCACCCCGCCACCACCACCUCCUCCGCCCGCGCAGCCUCAAUCCUUGGAAUUAUUGUUACUUCCGGUUUCCAAGGGAAGAGUCUCCAAGCCCUCCAAUUCAGUCCCAGAAGAAGAGAGCGGGAAGCCUUUCCAGUGUCCAAUAUGCGGCUUGGUUAUAAAAAGGAAGAGUUACUGGAAGCGGCAUAUGGUGAUACACACAGGUUUAAAGAGCCAUCAGUGUCCGCUCUGUCCAUUCCGCUGUGCUCGCAAGGACAAUCUCAAAUCCCACAUGAAGGUUCAUCAGCACCAGGACCGGGGAGAGACCUUUCAGUGCCAGCUGUGCCCUUUCACCUCCUCACGCCACUUCAGCCUGAAACUGCACAUGCGUUGCCAUCAGCACUUCCUGAGGACAGAGGCCAAGGUGAAGGAGGAGAUCCCAGACCCAGAUGUCAAGGGAUCUCCCCACCUCAGUGACAGUGGCUGCCUGGGGCAGCAGAGGGAAGGAGGAGGGACAGAGCUAGUGGGGACCGUGAUGACGUCUAAUACUCCAGAGAGGACUGGCCAGGGUGGGGCUGGCAUGGCACCUUUGCUGGUGAAGGAGGAACCCAAGGAAGAUAACGGCCUGCCCGCCUCCUUUACCCUGAAUGCUGCCGACAGGCCCGCCAACCACACAAAGCUGAAAGACCCCUCCGAGUUUGUGUCCAACAGUGCAGCAGCAUUGUUCAGCCAGGACAUCUCGGUUAAGAUGGCCUCCGAUUUUCUCAUGAAGCUGUCAGCUGCAAACCAGAAGGAGCCUAUGAAUCUUAACUUUAAAGUGAAGGAGGAACCCAAGGAAGAGGAGGCCCUAAGCACGCCCUUGCCCCGGUCCAGCUACGUGUUCAGCCCAGAACCGGAAGUGGCCACCCCUAACCUCUCCGAGGACCCACUGACCCCCCAGGAAAGCAAGGGGAGCGUGCCAAGGCGUGACCUGUCUGCCAAAGCUGCCUCAGAACUUCUCAUGAAGCUCUCAGCGGAAAGCUACAAGGAGACACAGGCAGUGAAAGUUAAAGAGGAACCCAUGGAGGUGGACAUCCAGGACUCCCCAGUCCCCAUAUCUCCCAGCCGGACCCUUGGCUACAGCACUUUAAUGGGGCGAGAGAAAACUGAACCCUUACAGAAGCUUCCAGAAGGUAGAGUUCCCCCGGAGAGGAAUCUCUUCAGCCAGGACAUCUCCGUGAAGAUGGCUUCUGAGCUUCUUUUUCAGCUCUCAGAAAAAGUGAGCAAAGAACACAAUCACACAAAGGAAAACACCAUUCGGACGACCACCAGCCCUUUCUUUUCAGAAGACACAUUUAGACAAUCACCAUUCACCUCCAAUUCAAAAGAUCUGAUGCCUGGAGAAGCUGCGCCACAUGGAAGAAUACCAGCUCCAGAGACAGAGAAGCUAGUCCUCGAGGCAGGAAAUGGAUUACCGUCCUGGAAGUUCAAUGACCAGCUCUUUCCCUGCGAUGUGUGUGGGAAAGUGUUUGGCCGACAGCAGACAUUGUCGCGACACCUCUCUCUGCACACAGAGGAAAGAAAAUACAAAUGCCAUUUGUGCCCCUACGCCGCCAAGUGCCGUGCAAAUCUGAACCAGCACUUGACCGUGCACUCUGUGAAGCUGGUGAGUACCGACGCCGAGGACAUCGUCAGUGCCGUCACUUCUGAAGGCAGUGAUGGGAAGAAACACCCGUAUUACUACAGUUGCCACGUGUGUGGAUUUGAGACUGAGCUCAAUGUCCAGUUUGUCAGCCACAUGUCGCUCCACGUGGACAAGGAGCAGUGGAUGUUUUCCAUUUGCUGCACAGCCUGUGACUUUGUCACCAUGGAGGAAGCAGAGAUAAAGAACCACAUUGGCACCAAGCACACAGGGGAUGACAGGAAGACCCCCAGUGAAUCAAACAGCCCCUCCUCAUCCUCGCUGUCAACUUUGAGUGAUUCCGCCAAUGGCAAAGAUGACUCAGACAGCUCCCAGAGAAACAAGGGUGGGGACAACUUGCUGGUCAUCUCUGUGGUACCCGGGAGCCAGCCCUCACUGAACAGCGAGGAGAAGCCAGAGAAAGGGUUCGAAUGCGUUUUUUGCAACUUUGUCUGCAAAACGAAGAAUAUGUUUGAGCGCCACCUGCAAAUCCACCUCAUCACCCGGAUGUUUGAGUGUGACGUGUGCCACAAGUUCAUGAAGACCCCUGAACAGCUGCUGGAGCACAAGAAAUGCCACACUGUCCCCACCGGUGGGCUCAAGUGCCCAUUCUGCAUUUACUCCACCAACCGCCCUGCUGCCAUGGAGUGCCACCUCAAGACCCACUACAAGAUGGAGUACAAGUGCCGGAUCUGCCAGACGGUGAAGGCCAACCAGCUGGAGCUGGAGACGCACACCCGCGAGCAUCGCCUGGGCAACCACUAUAAGUGUGACCAGUGCGGCUACCUGUCUAAGACGGCCAACAAGCUCAUCGAGCAUGUGCGCGUGCACACCGGGGAGCGGCCCUUCCACUGUGACCAGUGCAGCUACAGCUGCAAGCGCAAGGACAAUCUCAACCUGCACAAGAAGCUGAAGCAUGCCCCCCGCCAGACCUUCAGCUGCGGAGAGUGCCUGUUCAAGACCACACACCCUUUCGUCUUCAGCCGUCACGUGAAGAAGCACCAGAGUGGAGACGGCCCCGAGGAGGACAAGAAAGGCCUGAGUCCAGCCUCCAGAGAGCCACCCGGCCCUGGAGCCCCACUCCUGGUUGUGGGGGGUGGCCGGAGUCUCUUGUCCCCACUGUCAGUCAUGUCUGCCUCGCAGGCUCUGCAGACCGUGGCCUUGUCAGCAGCCCACAGCAGCAGCUCGGAGCCCAACCUGGCGCUCAAGGCCUUGGCCUUCAACGGCUCCCCACUGCGUCUUGACAAAUACCGGAACUCGGAUUUUGCCCAUCUCAUUCCCUUAACAAUGUUGUACCCCAAGAACCACCUGGAUCUCACAUUCCACCCUCCCCGACCUCAGACUGCGCCUCCCAGCAUCCCCUCACCCAAACACUCCUUCCUUGCCUAUCUUGGACUAAGAGAAAGAGCAGAGACUGUCUGAGGACAGCCACGUUCUGUACCAAAAACCAAGAGACAGAGACAGGAAAAGACAAAAACCCACAAAACUUAAACACAACCCCAGCAGGUGUAUGUUGCUGCAAAACCUACAGGCCCCAGGGGUCUGGACCAUGUGUACUGUAUAUCUUUAGUAAGGAGUAGAAAAUUGGCUCUGUAUGUAUACCAAUUGCAUUGACCGGAAAGCUGCUUUAGCCAAUCUUCAGAGAGGUGUUGCUGCCUGCUCCUCCCUUCAGAGGCAUGCCUCCCCAGCCACCCUCCCAGUCUCAGCCUCCUGAGUACUUCUCUCUCAAAGGAAUUUUGUCAUGUUAAACCCUAAAGAGAAUGUCCUUAAUAGCAGUCAGCACUUGGAAGCUUCUCUACUGGUACAUUGGGUUUUCUCUUGGGUGACUGGGCUAUUGUGGACAUUUGUGGAUUGGAAAAGAGAAAAUGUGUGGUGUGUGUGUGGUGUGUAUGUAUGUGAUGUGAUGUGUAUGUAUGUGUGUGUGGUAUGUAUGUAUGUGAUAUGUGUAUAAUGUGUGUGUGGUGUGUGUGUGUAUGUGAUAUGUGUAUAAUGUGUGUGUGGUGUGUGUAUGUGAUGUGUGUAUAAUUGUGUGUGUGGUGUGUAUGUGAUGUGUGUAUAAUGUGUCUGUGGUGUGUAUGUGUGUGAUGUGUGUGUAAUGUGUGUGUGGUGUGUAUGUGUGUGAUGUGUAUGUAAUGUGUGUGGUGUGUAUGUAUGUGAUGUGUAUAAUGUGUGUAUGGCGUGUAUGUGUGUGAUGUGUGUAUAAUGUGUGUGUGGUGUAUGUAUGUGAUGUGUGUAUAAUGUGUGUGUGGCAUGUAUGUGUGUGAUGUGUGUAUAAUAUGUGUGUGUGGUGUGUAUGUAUGUGAUGUGUGUAUAAUGUGUGUGUGGUGUGUGUGUGUGUGAUGUGUGUGUAAUGUGUGUGUGUGUGGUUUGUGCCAUGCCAUUUCUAUUGCACAUCCUUUUUGUACUGGCCUUUCUGAUAGUGGUGAACAUUCUUUCUCUCCCUUCUGGAUUGUUCAUCUACUACAGUCUCCACCUCCUUCACGGCCUUUCUCUCCCUAUUGUAUGGCUAUAGAGUGGUAGGGCCUGGUGCUUAGUGGAUCAAGACCUGCAGGGUGUCAGGGUGUUUCCAGUGGAGUGCUCAGCCUGGCGUUCACAUCUGCACUUGGGGAGCUGCAAAGAAUCAGGUGACCGCUCUGUUAAGAAAUGUCUCACCAUCUCCCAGCUCCACAGUUGGCAGCUGACAUCACAAACUUGUAUGUUCUGUGUGUGUGCCCAGAUGGAGGCAAGGUGUUCUGUGAAUGCACAGACACUCACACACACACACACACAUACACACACACGCACACACGAGUGCAUUCUUUCUUAAGGGCAGAAUAUAUAUGUGUGUGUGAUAUUGAUUCAGUUGUUUGCAGGAAAAAAACUUGUAUGAGUGGAAAUUGUUAUGGUUGAUAAAUCCAGCCAAGGAGAUUAAGGGUUUGGAUCGAUUCUGGGUGGAAAUGCCCAGACUAAAAACAAACGCAGCUUUGCACAGCGCGUUGGUCUUGCACUAGUUUUGUUUUUCAUUGGGGGAAAGGAAUAAGUAAAAGAAAAGGAAGGAAUUGUACCUUUUUUAUGGAAUGAGUAGACUGUGUGUCUGAAAUUUUAGCCACGACCUCUUUGACGUAUAAGGAAGGACCCAACAAAAAGGUGCUGUUAGUCCUAUGCCUCAGCUGAUGCCCCGGAGUCCCCACUGCUCUCAGAGCCUCUGGUCUAGUGUACCCUCCAUGGAUUAGUGACCCCAUAUUCCGUUUUGUUAACGCCUAGUAGAUGUAGCCUGCUAGGAGGCUGACUUUAUACUUAUUUAAAGCUCUUAUUUUUAUGGUCAUUAAAAUGGCAACUUAUUGCAGCACUUUAUUGCAGCGAGAAGCAGGUGUGGGUCGGUCGCAUAGCCCUCUGCUCGUCUUAACAAGUGAUGGAUGGUUUCGAAAGGAAAAGAAAGUCUCUGGCUGAAUACGUUCACAGCUUGUGCUUGUACAACAGCAGAUUUCCAGUGUGCGGCAGGCUGAAAGAGCGGGAAGAAAUGCGCUCUGUCUGAAAAUGAGACAUUAGAAUAUGAAAGUUUCUAUAGUAUUUAUCAGUGGAAGAGCUGGUGCCCAUGAGGAAGGCUUUCUAACCAUUGCUGUUUGCCCUCAUGGUAGUGUCCUCGAGCUGGGCUCAUACCCACCUUUCUCUUUCAGUACUUUAACCAGGGGGAAAUAAAAGCAUCCCCGACUUUCUUCCUCUAGUCAGGAUUGCUUCGCUGAAAUUAGUGCAGUUGGAUGGAAAGCCAGAAGACUGUACAUCUUCACCCCACAGGCUCCCCAUCCCCCUCAGCCUCUCUCUCGAAAACCUAGCAGCUCUCUACUUCCCUCCCCACACCUGCCACCCAUCCAUGGGUGAGGAGCCUAAUUAAGGCCCUGGCAAACAAGUUUACACUACGGAGAUGUCCACAAGGCAGGGAGACCACCCAGCUAGCACAGGAAGGCCCCAAAGCCUCGGCCGUUCUCCUGCAGAGACCUUCACUCUUGGCCUUGUGUAAAAUGUUGCUCAACUCGCCAUGUCAAUAUCUCAGUCAAAGACACUCUCUACUUUCUGGACAAUAUGCCCCCAAGGUCACUCUGGGUUUAUGGGUGGGUUCGUUGUUUUUUUAUUUGCUUUUGUUUUUGUUUUAAAGUUGUGUUCUUAUCCCCAUUUAAUGGAGAAUAUGCCACUUGGCUAAUAAUGUGUUUUCAAACCUGCAGGUUCAGUGACAAGAGUAGUGGUGCCACAGUGGUCCCCCAGAGGUGGGCAGAAAGGUGACUCCCACUGAAGCACCCACAGGUUAAGAACCUGGGUGGGUGACCCUGACAACGAGGACCCUGGUUUUACAGCAAGCCACUUGUGCAAUAAGAGGUCUUCGGGUGGGAACUUGAGAGAGGGAAGGGGGAGGUGGAUGGAGACGUUUACUGCUCAAAUGCCAUGCAUUUCACUGCUUGCCACUGAGCCUGUGUUUGAAUGACUUAGUAAUGCUUAAUGUAAUUGGGCAACUUUUUUAGCACUUUGGAAAGAGUCAUCAACCUUUCUGGUAAAUUAUAAAAAGUUUUCUGAGUGAGAAAACGUGUGUUUGCAGUUUGUUUGACUUUUUAUAUUAUUGUUGUUGUUAUUAAUAAAGAAGAAAAUCUACAGCAUUUUUCAGAAUCCACCUAGAUAAAAUGUGCCCCUGAAUCUGGUUUGCAGUUUGAUACUCGGGGAAGGAUUACCCCAUGAUCCUUCCAGGAAGAACACUAACAUCUUUGAGACACUCGUCUAGCAGCUAACUUUCUUCUCUUUUCACCUUGCGUUCUCCUAUGAAGCUGGCUUGGUUUUCCACGUAGUAAUGCAGUUAGGGCCCUCGGCACUUUCUUUCUCCUUGCCUUUCUUCUCCUCUCCUCUCUCUCUUUUUAACUCUUCAUAUUAUGUUCAGAUGGUCAUACUGUCAAGGUUUGUGUACAUUACUGAAAAUUUGUAUUGUAUAAAGCUUUUGCAUUACGAGGCUGUACAGGGUCAUUUUGACAGUAACUGGGAUUUUCCUUUGCAUCUUACGUUGCAUUGCCGAUUUCUAGUGUAUCGAGUUUGGAAGUAUAAUAUACUCUAAUUAAAAAAGGGUUGGCUAUA